GAGAGGGGAUGACACAUGCAUUGCAUGCGUUUGACGCACGUCCCAAAAUCAGUCGAACGACGUUCAUACACACGAUAAGACACGUGUGAGCACACGCUCCACAACUCUCUCGAACACUUCGUACAAGACUCUUCCGCCUUUUCUUCCGUGGUCCACCAGCGUCUUGGUGGGACGUCUCCAAGGCGUGUGUCGUGUCGUGUGUGCCCAAAAACACCUUUGUGUCUUCCACGCAAUCAAGUGCUCUCUCACGCAAAGAGGGGAAAAUAGGGAGAGUGACCUGUUGACAUGGAUCCCAUCCAUCAUCAUGCUUCCCCGCUCCAUUGGGGAUACGCUGCCAGCCAGCCGCAUAACACGUGGAUUCCGCCACCCAGUCGCAAUAAACUCAAGAGGACAUUAUCCGACAGUGACAACGAUGACCUAUACUCUGAGGAAUCAUCCAAGGAUCAGGCAUCUCCAGGCGAAUCCAACAGUUGCCAGAUGCUGACGCGGAAAAAGCGUCGUGGUGUUAUUGAGAAGAAGCGUCGUGAUCGAAUUAAUUCAUCAUUGUCAGAACUGAAGCGUCUUGUGCCAAGUGCUUAUGAGAAGCAAGGAUCAGCAAAAUUGGAGAAGGCAGAAAUUCUUCAGCUUACAGUUGACCACUUGAAGUCGCUUCAUUCAAAAGGAAUCGACUCGAUUGCCUUCGAUCCACAGCGUUUUGCCAUGGAUUACCAUAUAAUCGGCUUCCGGGAGUGUGCUUCGGAAGUGGCACGGUAUCUAGUCACCAUUGAGGGAAUGGACAUUCAGGAUCCCCUUCGAUUGCGCCUCAUGUCGCACUUACAGUGUUUUGUAGCUCAACGAGAACUUUCUGCCAAGAAUUCAACACAUUCCACAGCUACCCAGGCAGCUGGAGCCUGGUCAACUCCUGGAUCUAGUGGAGUGUCAACAUACCAAAGUGCAGCUUACCAUCAUGCAGCAUAUCAGAACUAUGCACCGCAGGCUGCCAGUUCCUCAGGAUAUGUUCCCAAUUUGCCUGCUCCUGUACCGUCCGUGGAGACCCUCCAUGAUACCUCAGUUUCAACGGCCACUUCGACGCAUCAGUCAGAGGUGACGGUGCAUCAGAAUCAGGAAGCUCAACAGCAGCACUAUCCUAAUAAUAAUCAAGAACAUCAGAGCAAUGCAGGUCCCAUUUACACGGAUCUCUCUUCAGCUGUGCACCGUGGAACAGCAUCGAUUCAUGGAUCGGCCUAUGCUCAACAUUCUCAGUACCCUGCCGGAAGUGCCCUCAGCUAUGCGGUGCCCACAUCAGGAUACAAUAAUAAUAAUGCACCGGCUGGGAAUGGGUCUAAGCCCUACAGACCCUGGGGAGCUGAAAUGGCGUACUGAAGGGGGUCAGGAGGAGAAGAAAAGAGAGUUAACUGAAAUCUAAGUCGUUUCAUAGUCAUUUUAUACAAAGAUGCCACAGAGGAUGUCUAUUUUUUAUACAUAAAUUAUUUACUAGGAUAGUUGGAGAGUGAACAGGAUGUCUCAAGGGGGUAAGUCAAUUUAUAUAAUUUUGUACAUUGGUGGUGGAUUAACAAUAAUUCCUGUAAAAUAUUAAAGUGAGAAAUCGUGUCGAAUCUAGACAGAGAAUGGAAGUGGUCGAAGAGCUUGAAAUAUUGGCUAAGCUAAAAACGCAUUGAAUAAAUGUAAAAAAGGAUUUAUGAAAAUCCAAAAAGAUUAAAAAAUAAAUAUUAAAUAGGGAGGUGCACAAUAAAAA